AUGCGCAUGCAAAUCGCUUUCUCCUUGGUUGCAGCAGCUGCUGUCCAGCUCGUCGCCGCUGGUGACUUCUCAAAGACAUGCAACAGCAUGUCGUACUUCUCCACCACCCUCAGCGCAAAGUGCACGAACACCGACUACGAGCCCUACGAUGAGGAUACCGAUCUCGACCUGACGAGAUGCCUCGCCAAUGUUGGAGGCCAAGUUGUCCCCGUCCUUUAA